CUCUCUCUCUCUCUCUCUCUCUCUCUCUCUCUCUCUCUGAUUUAUAGGUGUUUCAGAUUUAAACUGAAACUAAAAGUUUGAGUUCGUCUUGUGAUAAGACUCCAUUUCUGAACGCUAUAUACCAAAGCUUACAACUUCUGUCUUAUAAAUCGUUUGAGAUCGAGAAACCAGGAUGUCCCACACUGUCAUUCCCGUGAACUCUUCAACACUCGUCAUCCAGUUUCAACCAGUAACACAAACAGCUUCUGGGACGACGGUCACAAAUGCUCCUGGGCCUGUUCGUGUACAACAGAUAACAGGAGCUUCACCUUUUCAUGGACUUCAGGCAUUUCUGAAAGGACAACCGAAAGCCCUUGGGAUGGUCCAGAUAAUGAUCGGUGUGAUGAAUCUACUGUUUGGCAUUGUGUCUAAAGUUUAUGCAGAACCCAUCUCUGUCUAUAUUAGUAUUCCUCACUGGGGAUCUUUCAUCUACAUUAUCUCCGGUUCACUCUGCAUUGCUGCAGAAAACAACAUUAAUUCUCCCUCCAGAUUGUGUUUGGUGAAGGCUUCACUGGGAAUGAAUAUUUUCAGUACUAUCACCGCAGGCGUUGCCAUUAUUUGUAUUUCACUGGAUUUGCUUUUUGCUCCAUACAUAUACUGCCGGAGAUAUGAAUGUGGUUAUUCAGGAAGUUAUGAGAUGAUCUAUAAGGGAAACAGAACUGUGUUGCUGUUAUUGGCCGUGCUUGAGUUUAUCAUCACCAUCUGUCUGUCAGCAUUUGCCUGUAAAGCCAAUGCCUGCUGUUCUUCUUCUCGGGUGAGUAAUGAGCCAAACCGGGAGUGCUCAAACUUCUCUCAAUGUAAAAUCCUCGAGUGCAGUUUCCUCAAGUUUCAGCACCACGAGCCUCUGAUUUCAGACCCAUUCGUUUCCAGGAUCUUAACAGCUCAGAGAAACCUGUGACCAACAACUCUUCCAUUCAUCACCAUUCUGCAGACGUGCCGCCAGAAUACAGUGAAUGCAAUCAAUGUGAAUAACUGGACAGUAUUCCCUUAUUAAAAACAAAAAAUAUAUGGGAAUGUUUAAAAAAAUAUAUAAUGCAAUUUAUAGUACAUUUUCAUAAAGGGAAACUAUACUGCAGUAUAUUCAUGAGUCAUGUAUAGCUAAAUAUUGAGGCAUAUAAAAAUGCAUUUCAAAAGUGCACUGCAAUUUUACAUGUUAUAGCUUUAUUUUAACACUCAAUUUCUCUUUCAAGAUAGCCGAACACAUUCAUAAACUUUUCUAUCACUUUGUUUGCUUUGUUACACAUUUCAGGUGAAAAUAUUUUUGAUGUAUGAAAAAAAACUACUGAAAAAAAAUAAAGUUUUCUAUUUGGAGUA